AUGACGAAUUUAAUCUCAACAAAUCGAAAAUCAAAUACAAUUGGAUCUGUUCCAUUUAAUGAUGAUAUUUAUUCAAUAUCCUUAUAUUGUUCAAAAAAUUAUGUUUUACAUUUGAAUAUAGGACCAUUUUUAUUACUUUAUAUUCUUUGGUUUGUAAUAUGGAUAUUUCAUUUUGGACUUGGAGAAUAUCCCGAAUUAGGAAUGAUAGUUACUGUUAUUAUUGCAAUAUUACAAAUCAUUACAUGUCUUUUUUGUUAUUGGUUUGUUCAAAUACGUGCUUUUAUGCAAUGUGUGCCGGAAAAAAAUCCAUGGAAAGCAGAAUUAGUUGUCGUAAAACCGACGGCAAAUAAUGGUUAUUCAGAAAUGGUACCAUUACAUCAUGGAAAAAAUCCUCAUGAUCAACGUGAACAUGCAUGGUUUAUAUUUCAAAAAUGUCGUUAUAUAUAUGAUGAAAGUGAAAAAAAAACUUUUCAAACCAUUGAAUAUCCAUUAUCAAAUUCAUUUUCAUCAUAUCUUCAAUCAAAAGGUUAUCAAACACAAGAUGAUAUUGAUCAAGGAAUAUGGAAUUUUGGACUUAAUACUAUGUUCAUUGAUAUUCCAAGCUUUAUUGAUUUAUUUAUUGAACGAGCUACAGCUCCAUUUUUUGUCUUUCAAGUGUUUUGUGUUUUACUUUGGUGUUUAGAUGAAUAUUGGUAUUACAGUUUAUUAACAUUAUUUAUGUUAAUCGUAUUUGAAAUAACUUUAGUUCAACAACAAAAACGUAAUAUGGCUAUGAUUCGUCAAAUGGGUAAUCAACCAUAUAAAAUAAAUGUUUAUCGUCAACGAAAAUGGAUUAAAAUUGAUACAACAGAUAUAUUACCAGGUGAUUUAUGUUCAGUUUUACGAAAUAAUGAAAACAAUCCAUUACCUUGUGAUAUGUUAUUAUUACGUGGUCAAUGUAUUAUUGAUGAGUCAAUGUUAACUGGAGAAUCAAUACCACAAAUGAAAGAACCAAUUGAGAAUGUUGAUGAAAAUACAAUAUUUGACUUAGAACGUCAUGGAAAAUUACAUGUACUUUCAGCUGGUACUAAAAUUGUUCAACAUACACCACCAGCUAAAAUGCAAGGUGGAAUGAAAGCAAGUGACAAUGGUUGUAUAGCAUAUGCACUUCGAACUGGUUUCAGUACAUCACAAGGAAAAUUAUUAAAAACAAUUUUAUAUAGUGUUAAACGUGUUACAGCUAAUAAUCUUGAAACAUUUCUCUUUAUUUUAUUUUUACUGGUUUUUGCCGUUAUUGCUGCAUCAUAUGUAUGGAUUGAAGGUACAAAAGAUACAAAACGUAAUCGUUAUAAAUUAUUUAUUGAAUGUACAUUAAUUUUAACAUCAGUCGUACCACCAGAAUUACCUAUUGAAUUAUCACUUGCUGUUAAUACAUCAUUAAUAGCUUUAGUUAAACUUCUUAUUUAUUGUACGGAACCAUUUCGUAUUCCAUUUGCUGGAAAAGUUGAUAUAUGUUGUUUUGAUAAAACAGGAACAUUAACAAGUGAUGAUCUUGUUGUUGAAGGUGUUGCUGGAAUACAAAAUUCUGAUGAUCCAAUACCAUUAUCAAAAAUCGAUGUUCAAUCACCUGUAAAACAAGUUCUAUUAACAUGUCAUGCAUUAGCUAAUCUUGAUAAUGAUAUUAUUGGAGAUCCAUUAGAAAAAGCAACAUUACAUGCACUUGAAUGGACCGUUACACGUGGUGAUACUGUCGUACCAAUAAAAGGUCGAGCUGGACGAUGGCAAAUAGUUCAACGUUUUCAUUUUUUAAGUGCAUUAAAAAGAAUGUCAGUUAUUGCUGGACAAAGUCCAUCACCUUCAAGUAAUGAAACAACAUAUAUUGUUGCUGUUAAAGGAGCACCAGAAACACUUAAACCAAUGGUAUGUUUUUAA